AUGACUAGCAAAAUGGUCGUUAAUCAGCCCAGGCCGUUCAUCAUGAACACGACAUCCCACGAAUGGACCUCUGGCAUCUGUGAUUGCUGCCAAGACCUGCCCCAGUGUUGUCUUGCCUUUUGGUGUCUUCCCUGCUUCGCCUGCAAGACAUCAUUUGAGGCUGGGGAGUGUGUGUGUAUACCUCUGCUGGAUGCUUAUGGACUCAUUCCUCCUAUAACCACAGCCCUCAGGGUGUCAGUACGCACGCGAUAUGGCAUUGAGGGUACAGUUUGCAAUGACUGUGUGAUUGCCUGCUGCUGCGGGCCCUGCAACUGGUGUCAACUGGCAAGAGAAAUCAAAGCAAGGAGUAGUCCCAUUACCUUCGUUAACAUGACGGUCCAAUAA